AGUCACAAUUGAAUUGUUCUUAUUUUUCACAUAUUUUUAUUUUUAUAUAUUUAUAUAUUUAUGAGAACCUUCAUAGAAAGUACAUCAAAUUUUCUUAGGCAUUAAUGGCUUACUUCAAUGUGUCUUAAAGUGAAAAUGAAACCCAAGUUGGCUUUUUUAUUCAAAGCUUCAAAAUCAAAAUAUGGACCCUCAAAUUCUGCUCUUGUCCAUUUCACUCCUAAUUUUCAUGGCUGAAUAAACUCAUUAUAUAUCUUCUUCUUUUUCUUCCAUUUGUAAUGACAAAAAUGAAAUGUGAAUGUUUUGAUUUUUGAGUGUCAAGAAUAUGUGUGACAUUAUUAGAUUCUAUUUUCCAUUAUAAAAAAAGUGAGAAAAUAAAAACCAAGUUUUUUAUUCAGAUCAUUCAACAACACCAUGAAAAGUGUUAUUGUUUUUCUUCUUCUUAAUUUUCUUGUGCUUCCAUUGAAGAUUACUUCCUCACCAAGAACACAAGCAGAGGCUCUCAUAACAUGGAAGAAAAGCUUAUCAAUGGAAUCAUCUUCUCUGGAUUCAUGGGACAGCAACAACAUCAUUAAUCUCUGCAACUGGACUAAUGUUGUCUGUGAUGUUUCCAAUGGAGAAAUCUCACAAAUAGAUCUCUCCAACUUGGAGCUCAAUGGAAAAUUGGACAACUUCAACUUCACUCCAUUUCUUAACAUCACUGUCUUCAACCUCAACAAUUGUAAGCUCUCUGGUUCCAUACCACCAGCCAUUGGUAAUCUCACCAAGCUCACUUUGUUGGACUUGAGUGACAAUGAUAUUGAAGGUGAAAUCCCAUUGGAGAUAACCCAAUUGUCAGAGCUUCAAUAUCUAAGUUUGUUCAACAAUUUUCUUGAGGGGCCAAUACCUUAUCAGAUCAGUAAUCUCAAAAAGGUAUGGUACUUAUCACUUGGAGCAAACAAUUUGGUGAAUUCUGAUUGGUCUAAAUUUUCAACCAUGCCUUCAUUGACUUACCUUGAUUUAUACUUGAAUUUGUUCAAUUCAACAUUCCCUGAUUUCAUAUCAAAGUGUAAGAACUUAACUUUCUUAGACAUGUCUCAAAACAGUUGGACUGGUUCAAUUCCUGAAUCUGUGUUUUCCAAUCUUGUCAAACUCCAAUCUUUCAAUCUCACCAAUAUUGGAUUCAAGGGUCAUUUGUCAGCCAACAUUUCAAAUCUUUCUCAGCUCACACACCUUCAUUUUCCAAAUAACUUUCUCAGUGGUGAAAUUCCUCAAGGAAUUGGUUUGUUGCAUAAUCUUGAGGUUCUUGAAUUGUAUAACAAUACCUUUAGUGGGAGUAUUCCUUCUUCUAUUGGUCAACUCAAGAAUCUUUUGACUCUUGAUCUUAGGAUGAAUUUCUUAAACUCAACAAUUCCUUCUCAGCUUGGUUCUUGCACUAAGCUCAGUUACUUGGCUUUGGCUGCAAAUAAUCUCAGAGGGGAAAUUCCUUUGUCAUUAUCCAAUCUGAAUAGUCUCACAGAAAUUGGUAUAUCAGAUAACAAACUUUCUGGCCCUCUCUCCUCUGAAUUAAUCUCUAAUUGGACUUCUCUCACCUCAUUACAACUUCAAAACAACACACUUAGUGGGAAAAUUCCAAAAGAAAUUGGCUUAUUGAAAAACAUCACCUUCAUUUUCCUAUACCAGAAUAACUUCACUGGUUCAAUUCCUACUGAGAUUGGUAACUUGGAGCAACUUGGAAGCUUGGAUCUUUCUGGUAACCAUCUCACAGGUCCAAUUCCAAAGUCUCUAUGGAACCUCAAAAACCUCAUUUCUAUCCAACUUUUCUACAACAAUCUGAAUGGAACAAUCCCACCAGAGAUUGAAAAUCUAGAACUCCUCCAAACUUUUGAUGUCAACACAAACCAACUUUCAGGAGAGUUACCAGUUACCAUUUCCAGCCUCAGAAACUUGGAGGGCUUCUCUGUUUUCACCAAUAACUUCAAAGGAAAAAUCCCAAAAGACUUUGGCAAGUUCAGUCCUAAUUUGAAUGUCAUUAGCUUUUCAAACAACAGCUUCAAUGGAGAAUUGCCACCCCAUUUGUGCAGCGGUUUAAAGCUCGAAACUUUAACUGUAAACAACAACAGUUUCACCGGAUCAUUGCCAGAAUGCCUGAGACAAUGCACCAACUUAACCAGAGUCAGACUUGACCAGAACAAUUUCACAGCAAACAUCACCAAUGCCUUUGGUUCUCACCCCAAACUUGAAUCAAUCUUUUUUGAUGAUAACCAAUUCAUUGGUCAAAUUUCAAGCACAUGGGAAAAAUGCAAGAAUCUCACCAGAUUGCAGAUGGGUCGAAACAAAAUCUCAGGUAAAAUCCCAUCUGAGCUUGGAAACAUGAAAAAGUUGCAAUAUUUGAGCUUGGAAUCAAAUGAGCUAAGUGGGGUUAUCCCAACUCAAUUGGGAAACCUUAGUCUCUUGUUUGUGCUUAAUCUAAGCAACAAUCAUUUCAAUGGGAACAUUCCUAGAAGCCUCUCCAAGCUAACAAGGCUUGAAAGUUUUGAUCUUUCUUCAAACAAUUUUUCUGGGUUAAUCCCAACUUGGCUCCAAGAUUACAGAAGCUUGUCAAGUUUGAAUCUUAGUCACAACAAAUUCUCAGGAGAAAUACCACAAGAGGUUGGAAACUUGGUUUCAUUGAAAUACAUGUUGGAUCUCAGCAGCAAUUUGUUAUCUGGAGAAAUCCCAUCAAACUUGGUAAAGCUUUCAUCUUUGGAAAUCUUCAAUGUCUCAAAUAAUCAACUCAGUGGUGAAAUCCCAUCAUCUUUCUCCAGCAUGGUCAGUUUAGUUUCGGUUGAUUUCUCUUAUAACAACUUGACUGGUGAAAUACCAACUGGGAAACCUUUCAAAAAUAAAAAUGCUUUCUUGGGAAACUCUGGUUUGUGCAUAGGAGAAUCUGGUGGAGUCAACAACAACCUGAAUCUGAAUCUUUGUAGCUCAACAACAAACAACAACAAAUCAAGCAACAACAACAGAACAACACAUAUUCUUAUUGGGGUUCUUGUUCCAAUCUGUGCUUUGAUAAUAUUUGCAAGUGUGACAGUCAUAAUUUGCUUACUGAGACAGAAAAACAGACUCCUUGAUGAUGAGAAUCAAAGCUCUGAAAACAACAAGUUUGAAGAAUCACUGAUAUGGGAAAAAGAAGGGAAAUUUACUUUCAGGGAAAUUGUUAAAGCCACAGAAGAUUUCUCAGAGAAAUUCUGCAUUGGUAAAGGAGGGUUUGGUAGUGUGUACAAGGCUGUUCUUUCUUCAAACACUGUUGCUGUCAAACGUUUGAAUGUAUCAGAUUCAAAUGAUGUUCCCAAGAGUUACAGACAGAGUUUUCUUAAUGAGAUCAAGACUUUGACUGAAGUUAGGCACAGAAAUAUCAUUAAGCUAUAUGGGUUUUGUUCAAGGAGAGGUUGUAUGUUUUUGGUGUAUGAAUAUAUACAAAGAGGAAGUUUGGCUAAAGUGUUGUAUGGCUUGGAAAGUGAAGAACUUGUUUGGGAAAUAAGGAUGAGAAUUGUUCAAGGAUUGGCUCAUGCUCUUGCUUAUUUACACCAUGAUUGUUCUCCUCCUAUUGUUCAUAGAGAUGUUACUUUGAACAAUGUUCUUCUUGAGUGGGAUUUUGAGCCUAAAUUGUCUGAUUUUGGUACUGCAAGAUUGUUGAGCCCUGAUUCAACUAAUUGGACUAGUGUUCAAGGGUCUUAUGGCUACAUGGCACCAGAAUUGGCACAGACAAUGAGAGUAACAGACAAGAGUGAUGUGUAUAGCUUUGGAGUUGUGGCAUUAGAAGUAAUGAUGGGAAGGCACCCAGGUGAGAUGCUUGAAUCACUCUCAUCAUCAUCAUCAACAAAAGCAUUGUCAAAUGAUACUGAAGUGCUUCUCAAGGAUGUCAUAGACCAGAGGUUGCCACCUCCUAAUGGAAAAUUGGCUGAGGCAGUGGUGUUCAUGGUGACUGUAGCUUUGUCAUGUGCUAGAACCAACCCGGAUAGGCGGCCAAACAUGAGGUUCGUGGCACAAGAGCUAUCGGCUCACACUCAACCUUACCUGGCUGAGCCUUUUGGCUCCAUAACAAUGAACAAGUUAACCGGGUUUCAAAAGUGAGAAAUGAAAUUGUAAGUAUUGGUGUUUUGAGCAAAAAAAAAAUUAGUUCUGUGAUAUGAUAUGAGUAGUGGCAGAUCUAGUUUAGAAUUGUGUAUAAUCUUAUAAAAUCUUAUAAUGUUUUAGUAUAAAGUAAGUGUGGAAAUAUAAGCUUGUAUUGCCAUAUGAUUUGUUAUGGUGAAAUGUUAAUUAGAUUAUCAAGAAUGAAAUUUUCUCUAUCAAGAUAAGACUUUUAUUAAGAUUUCAAA